AAAAUGAACCUUGAAUCUGUCUGACAUGAUUAGAUGUGACUGAAUCAUGGAGGGGUGUGUCAUGGUGGUGCAGUGGUUUGCCUCACAAGAAGAAGAAGGUUCCUGACCCGUGAGGAGUUUGCACGUCUGCCUAGUUCUAAACUGUCCAUAGGUGUGAAUGUGAAGGUGUACCCGCUUGGGCGAGAGGCGACCAUGAUAAGGAUAAGUGCUUAUGGAAAAUGGAUGGAUGACUCAUGGAGGAACAUUUAGAGCGCUGUACUCUAAUUAAUAAAUGUGAGUUUAUUAAAGUUGCUGAUCAGCAACAACCAAACAUGACCACGUGACAGCUGUGUGCUGUGUCCACCUAAACCCUGGAGGUGCAUGUUUUUCGAGGCGGUCCUGAACGCCUCGUCACACAGCACAGUGCAGGGCUGUGCACACAUGGACCAGCCUCCUCCUCACAAACACAUCCAGGCUCAGUCAGCCUUCAGUGCUUCAGUGGGCUCUGUGCUCGGAGGGGCUGCUGGCUGUCUGUCUGUCUGUCAGGAUGGAGGACAUCUGCUGUGAGCUGACUGCUGCUUCACUGUCUGUCAGGAGUCUGGGCGCUGUGCGCGUCUUUUGACAAACGUGUGUCACAAGCUGUCAGUGGACCGUGCGCGUGGAGAAGAGGACACGAUCGCGAUGCGAACCCGAUUCCCAAGUGCUGCUGUUCCCCCCGAACAUGUGCACCACGAUCCCGCCCCCGAAGAGCGACAGUAACCGCGCCUGGAGCUCCGAGUCCGGCUGAAACAUGUUCCUCCUGUGGGUCCCGGUGAGUUUGUUCCUCAGCUUCAUCGUCUCUCAGACGUGGAGCGUUCAGUUGUCGUGGGAAAACUGGAACGCCGAGCUGCGCAACCGAGGGAACGACUUCGAGAAGCCGAGCAGCUCUCAGCCGCACAUCGUCUUCAUCCUGGUGGACGAUCAGGGUUUCCGGGAUGUUGGCUACCACGGCUCGGAGAUCAAAACCCCGACUCUGGACCGGCUGGCAGCGCAGGGAGUCAAGCUGGAGAACUACUACGUGCAGCCGCUGUGCAGCCCGUCCAGGAGCCAGCUCAUGACCGGCAGGUAUCAGAUCCACACAGGCCUUCAGCACUCCAUCAUCCGAGCUACCCAACCCAACUGUCUGCCCCUGGAAAAUGUCACCCUGCCCCUGAAGCUCAGGCAAGCGGGCUACUCCACCCACAUGGUGGGCAAGUGGCAUCUUGGCUUCUACAAGCGUGGCUGCCUGCCCACCCAGCGUGGCUUUGACACUUUCUUUGGCUCCCUUCUUGGAAGCGGGGACUACUACAGUCACUAUAAAUGUGAAGGGCCUGGCAUGUGUGGCUAUGAUUUGUAUGAAGGGGAAGAGGCAGCAUGGGAACAGGACCGCGGCAUGUACUCAACCAUGAUGUUUACUCGAAAGGCUAUCAACAUCUUAGCCAAUCACAACCCUCGUGCACAACCUUUGUUUCUCUACUUAGCCUAUCAGGCAGUUCAUUCCCCACUGCAGGUUCCAGCCCGCUACCUCGAGCGCUACAAGGGCAUUCCAAAUGUGCAUCGUCGAAAAUACGCCGCCAUGGUGUCCUGCCUGGAUGAAGCAAUCCACAACCUCACAAUAGCGCUAAAACGCUACGGUUAUUAUGACAACACAGUUAUAGUGUACUCCUCAGAUAAUGGUGGCCAGCCAUUAGCAGGUGGUAGCAACUGGCCCUUGAGGGGGAGUAAAGCUACCUACUGGGAAGGUGGGAUUAGAGCAGUGGGCUUUGUUCACAGUCCCCUGUUGGUAAACAAAGGGACAAAAUGUCGGUCUUUAGUCCACAUCACUGACUGGUUCCCCACACUGGUGACCCUGGGUGAAGGUACUUUAGAUGAAGAUCUAAAUCUGGAUGGGUACGAUGUCUGGGAGGCUAUCAGUGAAGGCCGCCCAUCUCCUCGUCAGGACAUUCUUCAUAACAUUGACCCAAUCUACAUCAAAGCCAAGAAUGGUUCAUGGAAGGCAGGCUAUGGUUUAUGGAACACAGCCAUCCAGGCCGCACUCCGGGUGGGCCACUGGAAGCUCCUGACAGGUGUCCCUGGCUACAGUGACUGGGUACCUCCACAGACAUUCUCCAACCAGCAGAUAGUCAAUCGCUGGCAUAAUGAGCGUGUCCGUUGGGACCGGGGUAAAUCCAUCUGGCUGUUCAACAUCACAGCUGACCCUUAUGAGAGAGUGGACUUGUCCCAGCGCUACCCUCACAUAGUGAAGAAGAUGCUAAUGCGGCUAGCGCAGUACAACAAGACUGCAGUGCCGGUACGCUACCCAGCUAAAGACCUGCGCUCUAACCCUCAGUACAAUGGGGGCGUAUGGGGACCCUGGUACAAGGACGAGAAGGAGGAGCAACAGGUGGAUGAAAGAUACGAUAACUUGUUCACCAACCAUCUUGGAAAAAGAAGGUGGAAAAAGAAAUCGAAGAACAGGAAGUUGAAAAGAAAGGUAGAAGAGUAGCCUACACCAUUUGUGAAAGACUUUUGUUGCAUUUUCUCAGGGAUUGACACUUCCUGUUUCAGGAUUGUCCUCUUCAGACAUUCUAACUCCAGUUAGCUUUAACUUGACUCCAGUAUAUACUGUAUAAAAAUCAAUGUGGAUGGACCUUUAAAAUGCCUCAAGAGAUUAAGAAAAAGAUCCACUCGUUCAAACACUACUGUCAUGCCCAGACACAGCUGAGACCUCAUGUUAAUGUUAGGGGCAUUUAAAGAAUGUUUAUUUUUCUAGAUUGCGUUGCAUGCUUGAACUGUUGUCACCUUUGGAUUGUUCCAUAGAUUCAUGUUUCACUUAGAGUAGAAAAUAAAUCUUCCUAGACAGUUGCCAUAACUUUUGGUGACAGAGAAAUAAAGUAAGACAUAGUUCUAUUAUGUUGUUGAUUGCAGCGAUACCAUAUCGUGGAAAGAGAUGUAGGAUUUAUGUGAUGUGUGAGUUGAUGUACGUUAGUUUCAUAAGCCGUCUGUCUGAACUUAAGAAUAAUAGAUUUUGUUCCCUCUUUUUAGAUGAUGUCUGGUCUGGCACCAGGCCAACCUGAAUGUAAAACAAAGUAACAAAAUAAAAGCCCCAGACACA